CCUGCCCUGGGUCCCUCAGAACCGCCAGUCUCUGGGAAAGUGGGCGUGGCUUUGGAACUCUCAGGCAGCAGCGGCCGCCGCCCGGCAAGGCUUCCCAUUGGGAGGCGCGAAGGCUUUAGUGGGCGGGGAUUGGCGCAAAUGUAGGCAGGGCGGGCUGAGAGGAGGAGCCGCCGCCGCCGAGGAGCAGCGGCACCAGCAGCGUUUCCUCUCCCCCCCCCCUCCCCUCCCGUGUCAACAAGCGGGGCGCCUGCGCCGGGGGUUUGCGCGUCUUUUCCUCUCAUGCGCGGUAUUUGCUUCCCGAGUCGGGCCCGGGGUUUGGCCUAGAGCCGGCGGCGGGCCAGAGGGCGCAGCGCGAUCUGGCGCAGCGCUCCGGCCGCAGCGGCUCCCGCCGGGCGGUCGGUCGGUCUGCUGGCUCAGGAUGGCGGACGACUCCCCGAAGCGGCGCAAGGCCAACUUCAACGAGGCGGAGACGGAGGUGCUGAUCGAGCAGGUGCUGAAGCACGAGCAGGUGCUGUUCGCGGCGGGGCCCGGCCGGGCCUCCCCGGGGCAGAAGCGCAAAGUGUGGGAGCUGAUCCGGCACAAGGUGAACCCGGUGGCCGCCUGCCCGCGCGAGGUGGAGGACCUGAAGAAGCGCUGGCGGGACCUCAAGCGCCGCGACCGGAGCAAGCUGUGCCGCGUCACCCAGGGGCCCGUCCCGCACCCGGCCUCGCUCGGCCUCCUCGUGGCCGGCGAGGACAUCUCGCCCCCCGACCACCUCCGAUCCUACGCCCCGGGGCUGGCCGCCGCCGCCGCCAGCGAGGCGCUGCCCAUCGUCGGCGGCAUCGACACGCUCGACUUGCCCGGAGCUGCCGCCGCCGCUGCUUCGGUGGCGGAGAUCGGUUUUACAGAUGACCCAGGCCCAUCCCACCAGCCAUGUGUGGAGAAGAUGAAUCUAAAAGAAGAAAUAGUAGUCAAAGUCGUGGAGCCAGAAGAAAGUUCAGAGGACAUGUCUGUAGUUCCUCCUAGCCAGGAGCCACUCCCUUUUUUGGGGUUGCCAAAUGGAGGCCCCUGUGGAAAAGUAAAAGCCAAAACAAAAACUCAGCCCCAGAUAGACCCCAGUGAAAUUACAGAAGAGGAUCUCCUGCAGAUCCAGCAGAACCAGCUCCACAUCAUCCAGUCUGGCUUUGAUACAAUCAACCAUAAUCUCCGGCUGCUGCAGCAAGGCAUGCAAGAUCUCAACAACAGUCUCAGCAUGGCAGCACAUACUUUGGUGGCUAUAAAAAAUGUCUACGUGAAAAACAAUGCUGGCCCAACCACCUUUGCUACGGUUGCUACUCAGACCACCUCGGGGUACUUGAGUCCUGGGUCCCCGCUGGUGGAGGACAGAGUCAGAGCACCAAUGGCUGGAAGCAGUAGCAGAAGCAGCAGCUGCAGCUCCAGCUCCAUGUCGCAAGAGCCAGGCCCUUCAGAAUUCCCCAGGCCCCCCCACAGAACCAUUAAGAAGGAACAUCCAAAUGGCUGUUACUAUUUCUGUUUUGCAGAUGUGUAAGACUUGAAUAUGAUGUUACUUGAGAAGGGGCUGUUUCGUACCCCACUCAAAAAUGCAUCGUCAUCACGGAGCGGGCUUGUCUUGCCACCGUCUGCACUGCUAAAUCUGUAAGAGCUCCACCACCGCCAGAUGGGGGAAACCUUACAUUGUAGGAGGCAUAAUGCUAACUGUUUUUACAUUGAUUUAUUAUGGGCUUGUAUUUUAAUCGUUGUCGGCAACUCUGAGCAAUGUGAAUGCAUUGGAAGGGCGGGGUAUAAUUUUUUUAAGUAACUACAGCUCUUAGAGCCCAGUCCUAUCUAGGUCUACUCAGCACUAGUGCCCAGUGCAUAGGAUUGCAACAUUAGUAGUUAUCCAGUAGGUUCUGCAGCUGGUUGAUACGUCUUACAUUGCAUCUCCCCUGCUGUCUUUGCCAGUGGAGGAAGAGGAAACAUUGACUCAUCUAGAUCUUCCUGGUAUUAAUUUGACCUUUUAAAACAAAGCAGUGUGAAAAGGGAGCAGCUAAUUUAUCUAGUAUCUGGGACAAAAUUGAUCAUACAUUCGGUUUUUAUUUUUUAGCCAACCUAACUGCAGAUUAGUAAGAAUUUGGUACUUGAUUGUACUUUUU